AUGCCAUACUCGAAAGGCAAGGCGCUCACGGCACUCCCUGUUGAAAGUUCUACCCUGCAGAGCCCAAGACUCCUCGUACGGUGCCAAGCUAAUCAAGAUAACAGGAGCCCGCUCAGUGGACUCAAAGCAUCCGUCGACAGGGCCACGAAGUCCACCAUCACAAAGGAAGACAUUCUUCGUAACCAGGAGGAGAAUGAAUCAGAGAAGCGGUCCGUGUUCGGGGCUGUCCCACGUUCGGGUUCUUUCUAUCCCCGCCCGGAGCUUGAAAGGCGUCCCGAGACUGGAUCUCAGUACUUCACUAGUGUGUUCGCAUUUGACGGAGCUGCGCCAGAGACCAUCAAUGGGCGACUGGCAAUGCUGGGGUUCGUGUGGGCUCUGUGCGCCGAGAAGCUCACUGGUCUGCCAGUGGCGGAGCAAAUCUUCAACCCAGCUACGUCUGGCCUCGUCUACUUCGUCGGGGCAGUUCAAAUCUUCACUUAUGCAUCCAUGAUACCGAUCAUGAAUGGAGAAUCCACAGAUGCCAGGAGCUGGGGUCCCUUCAAUGCUCGGGCGGAGCGCUGGAAUGGGAGACUCGCCAUGAUUGGCUUCGCUUCUUUGCUGAUUGACGAGAUAAUUCGUCAGGGACCCCUCAUCCACUGA